AUUAUGAGAAGGGAAUUCGGAUGCUGGAUAAAAUAGGCUGUCGUCCAAACAAUCAAGUGGAUAGGCCCUGUUGGGAAAGAGGGGGUCGGAGUGGUUGCAGCUGGUGAGAUCAGAUCAUCUUUGAACUUUGUCUUAAGGGACUACAGUCAUGCAUCCGAAGUGAUAGGUUCUGCCAGAACCGAGAGAGAUAGAGGAUGUAGGAACGGGUUAAGCAUGUUGUGGAUGGAGAGUGAGAGUUGGGGUGAACUGAGGACAUCUUUGGUGGGGGUUUUUGAGGAGAGAAACGUUUUCAAUGCUUUAGGAGCCAGGAGUUACGUAGGCUGUUGGAAACCUUCUACAAUGUUCUAGAAGGUUAUGUCAUUAUAUCAGGCAGGGUGCUGCAUCUGCGUUGCUGAAUAAACCACCAAGCCACCUUGACUUUUGAAAGAUGUUCUGUCUCAGUCUAUUUUUGAGAAUCCUUCUGAAGAGAGACGUUUCUUUUCCACAACAGUUGUUGACCCCGACAGAUUGCUUUAACUACUUCAAGAAACUGGUCGCAAGGAACUCCGAGGAGGGAGCUGACUAUCGCAUGAACCGUCAGUUGGACAUUCCUCGGGGAGGAAUUGGGCCUUCCUCGGAAGUCAGAACCUCGGAGGGAUGAGAGAAGAGAGUCUUUUCAUAAAAAAGAAAUUUAGGAACUUCCAUUUGGCAGCACUGGAAGUAUUUUCUAUUUGAAGAUCACCACGCCCUGGGGAGGUCUGCAGGUGCCCACCUGAACCAUGCCAUUCCACGCCCGAACCAAGAAGAGUCCGUCCACCGUGCCAGCCAAAGCCAAUGCCAACUCCACUGCUGACCAGGUGCUCAAGGCCAAAAAUCCCCUGCUGAAGGAGUGAAUCUCCGUCCAGAGCCAGAAAUGGAGAAAGAGGACCCGUGACAUGGCCCUUUCCUGGCCUGAGGGUGGCACUUUCAACGCGAGUCUCUGCGAGUACCUGAAGGUCCUCAUCGAGAACCACCCUGGGAAAGGAGGAGCGGUGAGACGAUGGAGGAAAGUUUGCUAAAUGUACCACGAUGACCAAAGUAGGCUACUUUGUUCAACACCAUUCCUGGUUGUCAGCUUGUUACAACACCAUCAACUGCCACCCUGCCCUCCCAGAACUGCAAACAGAAAGACAGACAGAAACACUGAGUCCUUCUGAAGAUUCACACCCGGCAGAUGAGCAUCCCACUACCUGUGUGAUUCUGUGCCGGUAGACCUUCUCCAUAAGCCUGUUUGAGAUCUCCUGGGACCAUGCGGACCUCCAAGCUCUUGUCCUUCACCCUCCUCCUCGGCGUCUUCAUGCUGGUGGUCUACCAUAAGUUGCUGGGCGGACCUAGAGGAGGGCCCCCCCCGAGGAACGUCACUGUCCUGCUGUGGCACUGGCCCUUCGGCCGCUCCUACAGCCUCCGGGGGGACGUGUGCCGGGACUCUUACAACAUUCCUCGCUGCGUCCUCACCGACAAGACUUCCCUGUUCGCCUCCGCCGACGUGGUGGUCUUCCACCACCACGAGCUGCAGGCUGGACGCUCCGCCCUGCCCCUCGGACUCCCACGCCGGCCCUCGCAGCGCUGGGUCUGGCUCUCGCUGGAGCCGCCCGCCAACAACGGAGAUCUGAGCCCCUACAACGGUCUGUUCAACUGGACCAUGAGCUACCGCCGUGACGCUGAUAUAUUCAUGCCCUACGGCAAGACAGUCCGACUGAACAACACCGGCAGCUAUGUGAUCCCCAGGAAGAACUCCUGCCUGGCUAGCUGGGUGGUGAGUAACUACAAGUCUGACCAUGUUAGGUCCAGACUGUACCAGGACUUGAAGAAGUCAAUCCCUAUUGAGGUCUACGGCAGCUGGCAAAACAAACCCCUAGCAGGACAGGACCUGUUAGCCACCAUCGAACGCUGUCACUUCUACCUGGCGUUUGAGAACUCAAUAGCCACAGACUACAUCAGUGAGAAGCUGUGGAGGAAUGCCCUUCAGGCAGGGGCUGUCCCGGUGGUGCUGGGCCCCCCCAAAGCAGCCUAUGAGGCCCUGGCCCCCCCUGGCUCCUUCAUCCAUGUUGAUGACUUCAUCAGCACUGCAGAGCUGGCUAGCUACUUACAGCACCUGGCAUCAGACAGGAAGGCCUAUCAGGCUUUCUUCAAGUGGCAUCAAACCUACGGCAUUAAGACCUACACGGACUGGAGAGAAAGGCUGUGCAAUAUCUGCAUGAAAUACGACGAGCUGCCUGCCAUAAAGGUGUACCACGAUCUGGAGGGCUGGGCCAGGAGUUAACACCUGCUUUUGUAAUCUAAGUUCUUAUGCAUGUUAUGUGUGGUUUCAAUCAAAAAUGAAUUGUACAACCCUGUUGUUGUAAUUAGAGGACAUUUUAUGUUUGUUCUCAAGCGAAAUCAUUGUAGAGUGGAAAUAUCUUUGCAAAACUAUUUCAGCAACUUUAUCUAUUUGAAUCUAUUUACAUCUUCCUGUGUCUGAACACUUCGAGAGGUGGGACUGCCACACAGGAAAUA